CAGGUGGACGCCAAUUACAAUUUGCCCAUUAGGCCGAAGGAGGUGACAUUUUCAAAUAUAAACAACAACGUGAACAAGACCUUCCUACUGGAGAUGUGCCAGAACUUCGGCGUCGUCCAGGACUGCAAUAUCUAUUACCAUCCUAUCAAUAAGAAGCACCUUGGCCUAGCUACUGUUUUAUUUUCGACGAGCUCAGCAGCUCAGAGGUGUGUCGAGAAGCUGAACAACACCUCCAGCAUGGGAUACAUAAUUAACGUCAUUCUCGAUGAUAAAGGUUUAUAA